UCCUCCUCCCUCCAUGAUGUAUUGCCCCUUCAAGUCCAGCAGUCUCUCUCUAUGCUGUGUGUGAGACAGAGAAAGGGAGGGGAUAGACAUGGCUGUUGUGUUCACUGCAAUAAGAGUUCUCCUCGGCUUCUUCUUUGCCUUCAGCGGACUGAUUAAACUGACGGACCUGGUCUCAGCCGAGAUCUACCAGCACAUGAAAUCACAGUUUGUCCAGUUCGCAGAUGUCUUCCCUCUGAAGGACUUUGGGUUCAAACCAGAUCCAUAUCAGUACCUGCAGGCAGUGGGAUGGGUGGAACUGGUAGCUGGAAUACUGUUGGCUGUCGGUCCUCAGAUUCUGCGAGAAAUCAGCAACUUUGUGCUUUGUGUAAUCAUGAUUGGUGCCAUCUACACCCUUAUAGUACUGCAGGAACCGAUUGCCAUGUGUGCUCCAGCUGCUGUCUGCCUUGGGCUUCUCUUGUUGCUGAACAUUCGUGGGCAAGGCAAGAGAUCCAAGUCUAAGUCUGCAUAAAAAGACUUGGAAGUCAAUCUGUCCCCCAUGGGACCAAUGAUUUGUUUUUUUGUUUUUACUAUAAACAUCAUGAUAACACUCUGGGAGCUGUUAAGAUACUUAAAAAGAAUCUGCCAGGGUGGAACUUUGAAAGCUGCCAUUGACUUUUUUUUUUGCACAACCUCGAGGCUGUCAUACUCAUCUUUUCUUACUAUUUGUUGAGUCUUCAGUCGCCAAAUAAAACACCUAUAGGGAUACCAGCAGUCUUGGAUUUUCAGUGUCUGCUUGUUUUAAGGUCCGUGGCUCACUAAAUAGUUAAAGGGUGGAUAUGAUAACCCUGAAGUAUGCACACUCAAUUCAACAUUUGCAGCACCCUGUUUCCUGACUGGUUCUCUUUUAGUUCUAUAAUUAAUUACUCUGCUAUCGUCUACACAAGUGUUUUAUCCACCCAGUGUUGAUCUACUAUUUGUCAAUAUUUGGAGUUUCACCUAUCAGUGUCACAAAGUCUGCACUGGGUUUAAACAAAAAUUGCUGGCUAUGUUAUGUUCUGGAUGGGUGUCAAUAAUCUGAUAAUAAAACCAUAUUUUUGAACAAAG